UACAGGAGGUUCUGGAGCUGCCAGUACUAUUCCUCCUAAUAUUACCGGACCUGGCACCGGUCGUGUUCUUGGUGUCAACAAUUACCUGCAACAGCCUGGAGGCGGACCUUUACUAGGGUCGUCGUCGGGUGCUGUGGCCGCGCCAGUGUCGUUGGAACCUCCGACAGUGAGUCCGAGUGAGCUGGAAUGCUUGCUGCAGAUCGAACAGGUUGCGUCAGCCUGGAAGGACUCGAUCGUGACUUACCGCGUCCGCCUUUCUCACGUGGUUUUGUUCGAGGCUCUGCUGCAUAGCAUAGGAAUUCCUGUACGAUACGAGUCCCUGACUGUGCGGCAAAGCAUUGAC